GAGGCUUCAGGUAAAUUUAAUUCCAAAUAUGCAUAUUUUUCUCACAAUCAGAAGCCUACAUUCUCAAAUGGAAAAGUUCUUCAACAGCUUCAGUAUAAAGACUAAAUAUGGAACGAUGGCGAUGACAGUAACGCCGAUCUUCAUCUUCGGUAGUAUUUAUAUUGCAUGGGUUUAUACGGCCCGUGCUUUGAACAAGAAGCCGAAGAAGGCCGUUCAUGGUGUUCUUUCAAGGUCCCUGUCUCUUGGGGCUCUCCAUGGAGGCAAAUUGGCCAUGGAGAGACUGCUCGAUUAUCAACGUGCCGUGGCGGAUGCAGCAACUUUGGAAGCUGCUGAGGUUGAUUUGAAGGCUUUACUUGAAGAGGAAAAACUUGAUUUCAAGAGCUUGCAGCGCACAGUUGCAAAGCUGGAAAUGAGCGGAAAAGAAGGUGAUGCAGUGCAAAUAUUACAGAAAGCAUUGGAGAAUGCCCGAGGUCGAAAGAAAGGACAUGAAGCAUAUGAACUUGAAAUGUUGCUUGUGGAAUUACUCAUCUACAAGGGAGAUUUUGGAAAGGCUUUAGCCUGCAAAUGCUUGGACAAGGAAAUUUCCGACGCUCGUCGACCACUGUAUAAGGCAAUUAUUCACAUAAUGCUGGGGCCCCAGAAAGAAUCAUCAGCAGUCUUUUGGUGGAAAGAAUUUGAUGAGAUGCGGCAGCAAUUCCAGUGGCCACCAAGUUCGGAAGACAAUCAUGUUCCUGAAGCCAUUCAGAAUUUUGAUGAAUUUAAGAAGAUUGUCAAGUUAUUAAAGUCUGUCAUCCUGGAAAAAACUAAGUGACAAAUUACAUCAUUUUCAUAGAUCAUGCAUUCGAAACCAUUGUUAUUUGAACAGAAUGUAAUGAAUCAUUAUAAUGCUGUUGAAAUUUCACAUCUAAUUCUAAACUAUUUUUC